AUGAAAGUAAUAUAAGUAGGAGUGAACAUGGGGAAAUUACUUCACACUUCGCACUUCACUCUUUACAAUUCAUCCCUAUGGCUAGUGAACCUUCGAGCGCCACUAUAGCCAGUGAACCUUCGACCAGCACUUCUGAAAUUCAAACAGAUACUUCUGAGCCUUCCCAACUCGAAGUACUUGCAUUAAAUUAUCUUCGAAAUCAAGAGAUUUCAACUAUCCCCAGCAGAAUUCCGAAACUCAAUCCGUGCAGUAUCUGCCAAAGAGUGAUCCUAAAAUUCCGAUUUCAAUCGUUUGUUGUGUUGGAUUGCGAACAUCUUUUCCACCGCCUAUGUCUUGAGAAGUAUAUUAUGCAAGCAGAAACCGAUCCACCUCUUACAUGCCCUUCGUGUAAUGUAAUCAUUGAGCUGACUAGAGAAGAAGCAGUACUCGCCUCUGGAAAAUAUCAUCUUCAGAAAAAACAAACUGACACUGGACAGGGUGAUGAGGAUCUCAUGGCUUCACUAGGAUUGGUAGAAGGUGGCUCUCGUGCUGGGCAGGGAGGUCAAUCAAAGCAAGUCACUAUGCAGGAUCAGGCGACAAGCCCAAUCAUGAUUGAGGAUGACGAUGACGAUGACGAUGAUAACCGGUCUAAUUCUGUUGAUAAUAGAACUCCGGAGAAUCAAGCCAAUUCUAAUGAGGAAAUCCGCGCUACUAAUACACAGGAUAACUUGGAGAAUCAAUCUAAUGCAAAUAGCGGGGAUGACACCAACGUGCAAGAAAGCGAUCUGCCAAUCAGAAAUAAAUUAGUUGUAGAAGUAUACUGA